AUGCCUUCCAACCAAGCCGCGUGGUUGCCUGCUCAGAAAGUCAGACCUCUUGAGGUCAAGACUGCAGCUUACACUCCUCCGGGCGAGAAGGAGAUUGUGGUGAAGAAUCAUGCAUUGGGCCUGAACCCGGUGGAUUGGGCAAGGCAAGACCUCGGCGAUGCCCUAUUCUCUUGGACCAAGUACCCUUGCAUUUUGGGCUCGGAUGUCGCAGGUGAGGUGGUCGAAGUUGGCAGUGGUGUCUCUCGGUUUCGAGUCGGUGAUCGUGUUACUGGUCUCGCACUUGAGUUGACGAGCAACAAACCAUCGGAAGGUGCCUUCCAGGCCUAUACCGUCCUUGCUGCCCAUAUGGCAUCGCCAAUUCCUAGCACCUUAUCCUACGAGGGCGCAUCUGUUCUCCCCUUAGGUCUCUCCACAGCAGCGUGUGGUCUAUUCCAGAAAGCCUACCUGGCCCUCCAAUUGCCCUCAUCUCCUCCAAAGCCGGCGACCGGAGAAACUUUACUUGUCUGGGGAGGUUCGACAAGUGUCGGCAGCAACGCAAUCCAGCUCGCUGUCGCUGCCGGCUACGAGGUGAUUACUACUGCCUCGCCAAGGAACUUUGUUUAUGUCAAGAAGCUCGGUGCCAGCCAGGCCUUCGACUACCACAGCGAGGCGGUCGUUGCGGAUUUGAUCACUGCAUUCAAGGGCAAAACCAGUGCAGGUGCUAUUGCUAUUGGUGAAGGAUCUGGAGAUCCCUGCGUUGAGGUUGUUGCCAAAUCCAGCGGCAAGAAAUUUGUUGCAUUGGCCAAUCCACCAUCCAAAGAGCUGCCGAGUGGUAUUGGUGGCAAAUUCAUCUUUGGCAGUGACCUCAAGGAUAAUGAAGUUGGCCCUGCCAUCUAUGUGGAUUUUCUGCCCAAGGCCCUGGCGGAUGGAUCUUAUAUUGCUGCUCCGGAUGCCCGGGUCGUUGGUAAUGGCCUUGAGUCCAUUCAAGGUGGACUGGACUUGCUAAAGAAGGGCGUAUCUGCUAUGAAAUAUGUCAUCUCUCUGUAG